AGUGAAGACGCAUAUAUCGGGUCGGCCAUAUUUGUUGUACUACAGCCAAAGAUGAAUACAAGGAAUUUCUAACAUUUAAAAAGAAAAUCUCUGUGAUAUUUGAAUCUCGUAGACUAAUAAACCAUGGGAAAGUUCUCUAACACAACAACCUUUACUGGAUUGCUAGAAAGAGCUACAAGUCAACUUCAACUUGAUACAGACUGGGCUUCAAUUCUCCAGAUCUGUGACUGCGUCAGACAGCAAGAUGUUUCGCCUAAAUUUGCCGUUACCGCUAUCAAGAAAAAGAUGUUCGAUCGAAAUCCUCAUGUAUCAAAAUUUGCUCUUACCGUUCUAGAGGCUUGUGUAAAGAACUGUGGAUCAACAUUCCAUGAUGAAAUUGCCACUAAGGAGUUCAUGGAAGAAUUGAGAAACUUGAUCAAGAAUGGCCCUGAACCAGUCAAAGACAUAGCACUGGGUCUCAUUCAAACCUGGUCCCAUGCAUUCCGCAAUCAAUCAAAGUAUAAGAUCAUCCAGGAUACUUACAAUCUCAUGAAAAUGGAAGGUUUUCAAUUUCCAACUCUCAAAGAAAGUGAUGCCAUGUUUUCAGCUGAUUGUGCACCAGCCUGGGCUGAAGGUGACGUUUGUCAUAUGUGUCGAGUCAAGUUUGGCACAUUUAUCAGACAGCAUCAUUGCCGCAAUUGUGGCCAAGUGUUCUGUAAGAAGUGUUCAUCAAAAGAGUCUAUAAUUCCUCAGUUUGGCAUCGAGAAAGAAGUCAGAGUUUGUGAUCCGUGUUAUUUUAAGCUGAAUCCAAAAGGCAAAUCAGCUCAGGGAGAGAAAGGCGAGAAGGGUGAGAAGUCCCAGGAUAGUGAUCUUCCUCCUGAAUAUUUGAACAGCACUCUUAUUAAAGAAGCCCAGGUUCCUCCCAAGCUGGAUCCACAGCUGGUGAAAGAACAAGAAGAGGAAGAGUUGCAGUUGGCAAUGGCUUUGUCUUUAUCCCAAGAAGAGGCACAGAAAGAGAAACCAGUGUCAAGAUCCUGGCCUUCAGGGUACAGUGGGUCAUCUAACGGGUCCAGCAGUCCAUCCAAUAACAGGAAGACACACAAUAAAAUAUAUUCUGCUCCACCCACAUAUGAAGUAGAAGCUGACUCUGAUGUGGACCCUGAUCUUGCAAGGUACUUAAACAGGUCGUACUGGGAAGGCAGGAAAGACCAACAGUCAACAGGGUAUACAUCACCUUCAGCUCCAGAAGCCCAAGCUGACGAAAGAGUACCUAGCUCACCGGCACCUUACACCAACCAUAGCGAAGUCCAGGUACAAGAACCAGUAAAUGAAGUGGAACAGAGUUCAGAAACAUUGAUCAGUAAUUUCCGCAGCAGCAUAGAAAUGCUUGCAGAACGAAUGCAGACCAUCUCUGGCAAGGGCAAGCAUAUUGCCAUGGAUGCAACUGUGCAGUCGUUGUUCCAGACCGUAAGCGCAAUGCACCCGCAGCUCUUAAGGUUGAUUGAGCAGCAAGAAGACGAGACAGGUAAAUAUGAAGGAAUAAAAGAAAAACUCGCGCUGGCGCAAGAUGCACGUGUGACCCUCGAAGCAGCCAGAGAACAACAUCGAGAGAAGGUCAGACAACAAGAGCUGGAGCAAGACAUGCUACGACGCAUGCAGAUCGAACAGAAACUAGAACUGAUGCGGCAACAGAAAGCAGAGUACAUGGCUUAUCAACAGCGCCUACAGACAGAGAGGCAGCUAGCCUUAGAGCAACAGCAUCAACAGCUGAAAUACCAAAAGUAUAUGCCGCAGCAAUAUGCAGGACAGUAUGUAGCGGCAACCGAUGGUGGCAGUCCUUACUCUUCCAUGGGGUACAUGCCUGCUGCUCCUAUGCCCCCUCCUGGAGGAGUUACCCAAACUGAUGGAAGUCCUUAUUCUUCGAUGAAUCAUGUACCCACUUCUGGGGUACCAACAGCCCCUGGGGUACCCAGUGAAAUGUUGAAAGGAGGCCAGCAACCCUAUGGACAACCUGUAUCACAGUACCAACAAGGAUAUACUCCACAGGCGUACCCAGGUGUUAGGGACGGCUCGGUAAGGUCAAAUUCACCACAGUUCGGCGGCCAAACCCAAGCACCACCAUCCUACUCCCAGGUGGAGUAUGCACCAUAUGGAUCAGAGGUGACAGACACACAGUCAAUAGCAAAUGGACACCCAGUUCCUGAAUAUCAGAGGCAACUGGGACCAGAGGUGCCUUACAGUGGAUACCAAGCUACACCUGGACAACCUCACCCAAACCAACAGCUCUAUGCUUCAGCUCCAAGCUCUGCUCYAUCGCUACCUCAACACCAACCACAGCUGUACGCACAGGCAGGUAGUCACCCUCCACAGCAACUGCAACUACCACCAUAUGAAGGAAACCAGCAGUUUAUUCCACCACAAUCACAACCACCACCCCAGACAUCAUAUAACAAUCAACAACAACCUGCCAUGCCGCCACAGUACCAGCAGCCCCCAAUGAGUGCUCCACAGCCUGAAUCUAGUGCGUACCCUUCGCUUCAGAUGCAGGGGCAGAGUCCACAGAUGCAAGGGCAGCCUCCUCAAAUGCAAGGUCAGCCUCCUCAAAUGCAAGGUCAGCCACCUCAAAUGCAAGGGCAUCCGCCACAGAUGCAAGGACAACCAAAUGCUGGAGGUGGUUAUGCAUCACCGCAACAACAGCAUCCACAACAAAUGUAUGAACCCCAGUCGCAGCAAUACCAGACAGGUGGUCAGUAUAACCACCAGCCUCCACAGCACCAGCCAUCAGGGCCACCACCUCAACGUCAGUUAUCAGAUCUACAGCUCAUCUCCUUCGACUAGUUCUUGUUCUUCACUAAUGUAUCAAUUGUCCGACAAUCUUCAAAAGUAAUCCUAAAUAUUUCUGUAAUCCUAAGUAUUUGAAAUCGUAUUUUUCUUUUGCUUGAGUAGUAAGGGGGAAAUUAAGCUUCUAUCAGAACAGUUAGGGGCUGGAUCCACAGGUAUUCCAAAAACAGUCCAGCUGAGGUGCAUGUUUUACUCUUGACAGAUUAUAUUUUGGAUUUUAACGAUGAGACUGAUAACCUAUAUUUACUGUUGAAGGAAAGCGGCAGCGCUGAAUUCAGUUUAAAUCAUUGUCAUUUUAUGUAUAUAAUAAAAAUAUUCACUAAUUCAG